AAUGACGAAGAGGUUAAAAAUGCAGAAAUAAAAAAACUAUGGUUGACCUUUUUAGACAACUUUACGCUCAAUGGAUUUCGCCAUGUGUUUGAGAAAGGUAUCAUAAGAAGGAUUAUAUGGCUUCUUAUCCUGUGCAUUGCACUUUUUGCAGUUGUUUUUUCAGCUCGCAAGAGUAUUAUAAAGUACUUCAAUCGCCCGAUUACUACCACAGUAAACAUGAUUUAUCAAGAUGAAAUUGUUUUUCCGGCUGUAACCUUAUGCAAUUUUAAUUUUUUUCCACAUUAUUUAAUCAACGGAACAAUCGGAGAAAAAGUAAUUUCAAUUCUCGCUCCUCUCGAGAGUUUUAAUCAAACACAUCAAGAAUUAGUCAGUCAACAAGGACCUUAUAUUGCAAAUAUAAGAGACUAUAGAUCUGUUUUACCAAAAAAUAAAUGGAAACGGAAAAAAAUUGCUAACAAAGACGAAAAAAGUAAACAAGAAGAAAUUUAUUUUGAUCGUAACUUUGAUUUUUCUGAGUUUGUCAAAAAACAUGGUCAUAAAAUUGGACACAUGAUUAAAAAGUGCCACUGGAAAGCACAAAAGUGCGGACCGGAAAACUUUACCUCUGUUCUCACAGAUUUUGGGCUAUGUUACACAUUUAACCCUGGUACUCCUGAACAUCCAUUAUUAAAAGUUCACCGAGCUGGAGUGGAUUUUGGACUUCGACUGCAACUAAAUGUUCAACAGGAUCAAUACUAUGGAAUUUUAAGAGACUCAUCUGGUUUUAAAGUAAUGAUUCACGAUCAAAAUGAGCCACCUCUUAUCAACGAGCUUGGUUUUGCUAUUCACCCUGGAAUGCAUACAUUCUGCAGUAUAAGAAAAACAAAAGUUCUUAAUUUACCUCUACCGUGGGAGACUGCAUGCGAAGAUAAAAAACCCGACGGAAGCAAGAAGUAUACAAAAUCAGCUUGCUUAAUGAAAUGUCGAGCCGAAUUUAUUAUUAGCAUUUGCAAAUGUCGUUCGUUUCAACACGCAGGACAAGCCCCUGUUUGUUUGCCACAUGAAAUCAGAGAUUGCGUCAGACCUGCAAUCGCAACUUUUAUGAAUGAAUCCGAUCAUUGCGAAUGCCCAGUUCCGUGCGAAAAAAUCCGGUAUCAAACACAACUUUCAUAUGCUCAAAUGCCAGCUAAACAUUACAGUGAAGCACUUGCAAAACUUAAACACAUUGAUGAAGAGAGAAUGAGACAUUUUUUGAGAGAUAAUUUGUUAGAGUUAGAUUUAUAUUUUGAAGAAAUGACAACACAGGUUAUACAACAAGUACCCGCUUAUGACGAAGAAAGUUUAUUUGGUGAUAUUGGCGGUCAAGUGGGGCUGUUCCUAGGAGCCAGUAUGUUGACAAUAUUAGAAAUAGUAGAUCUGCUUGGUCGCGUUCUCAUAAUAAAAUUUGGUAGCCGACGUAUUAAAGAUCAUCUUGUCUAAUUAUUAGGCAGAACUCUAAUCGAGUAAUAAUAUAAUGACCAUUACAAAAUAAAUUUAAAAAGUGCAUUUGCUGUAUUCAAAAAUCAAUAUAUUCAAGCAAAGGUUACUUGCUUGCUACGUUAUGUUACGUUACUUGCUACCCAUGUACUUCACUUGCUACCCAUGUACUUCAAUAGCUACCUUUUAUACGAUUAACUAUGUAACUAAUUAAAAAUAGUUUGUAAAUAUAAUUUUAGUAGAAAUAAAAUUUUUUAGUCGUUA